AUGCCUGCUCCAGGUGAUCAGUGGAAGGACCACAAGUUCAGCAACCCGUAUGAAGAGAAGAAGGACCGCAUCAAUGAAUACACGGCACAGGAGAUAGCUACGUUGCAGAGCCGCCUUGACAAGCAACUUGGACCUGAAUAUAUCUCGACUCGUCCAGGAAAUGGAGGAGGCAAAGUCCAUUACCUAGCAGCAGAAAAGGUCAUCAACCUCGCGAACGAGGUCUUUGGCUUCAAUGGAUGGAGCAGUGCGAUCAGAGACGUUCAGGUUGACUUCUGCGACGAGAGUCCGACAACAGGAAAGAUCAAUCUAGGACUGUCCACUAUUGUGCGCGUCUCUUUGAGAGAUGGCACGUUUCACGAGGAUAUUGGAUAUGGCCACAUCGAGAACUGCAAGGGCAAAGCGGCCGCGUUUGAGAAAGCAAAGAAGGAAGCCACCACCGACGCCCUGAAACGAGCAUUGCGCAACUUCGGAAACGUCCUGGGCAAUUGCUUGUAUGACAAGGACUAUCUCGCAAGAGUGACAAAGGUCAGGAUCGCGCCAUCUAAAUGGGAUGCCGAGAAUCUACACCGUCAUCCAGACUACGCCCCGAUCAAGAAAGAAGCCGUAGCUGGCCCUUCGACUUGCACGACCAUUGCAGCAAAUCCACCAGCACGCAUGCCUAGCGCUCAGUCAAACACAUCGGAAUUCGAAGACGAGUUUGGAGGAAAUCUGUUUGACGAGGUGGACUUCAGCCACCCUGAUGAGGUUCGCUUGGACAACUCCAUUACAGACGUCUCUAUUGAGACGCCAGUCCGACUUCCUGCCAACUCUGUCGCAGCACAAGCAGCAAAUCGCCAGCAACCGAAUAGAGUAGCCUCUAUGCCUAACGUGCGCCAAUUCUCCGGUGGCCAACAACAGAAUGGCCAGUACAACGGGCAGCAAUCUCGUCCUCAGCCACCGCCACAGAUCUUCAAGAACUCCAACACUAACAACAACAACCAACCGCCAAAUCGCAUGAUGCCUCCUCCACACCAAGCCAACAACCAGAAUGGCUUUCGCUCCAACCCAUCAUCCGCCUCAGAGUCAACCACCACCACCAACGGUCGACAGAUCACACCCCCCGAAUCAGUGAUUACGCCAUCUCAAGUUCCGGCACACGUACCAUCCGGUUUCGUCUCUGGAGCCGCAGCUACUGCUCUGGUGCAGCCUCCCGAGGCAGGUGCUAUUCCACCGAUCAAGCUGUUUGAUCCCCAUCACGAGAGUCCUUCAAUUCGACGAACCCAAGGAGUUGAUCUCAGGAAGUCAGCACCCAUCAAGCGAUCGGAAGUUGGCGCGCCAACUGUGCCAAUUCCAAACCCGAAAAUGAUGGUGAAUGGUGGAGCACCUGCGAACAGAUCGAACUUCGUCAAUCCUGCUAUGGAUGCUAGUCGACGUAUUGGCAUGCCAGGUGGAAUGCAGCAGAGUCCUCUGGCAAAUAGAAGUGCCUACAAGCCUCCUGCGAUGAAGAGACCGUUGCCAGCAGACAAUCCUGCUGGUAGACCACCGCUUGCCGACAUGAGUAAUGUUCUGCAGACCGAUGGAGCUAGUGACCCAAAGAAACCUAAGCUGGAUGCUGAGCAGGAGCCAAAACCUGCCAGCGCGGAGACUGAGGUCGUGGCUUGA